CGGAGCAGCGUUGCCUGGAUCGGCACACGUUCUACUUCAGCACACGCAACUCCCCAGCUGCAGCGGUGACUAUAACGCGUCCGCAGUCACAGAAUCACGCAGAGCACUAGUAAUAUGACUUCGACGAGCAAGAAGACUCGGAAUCCGGACGAAAUCCUGUACUUCGCCUACGCCAGCAAUAUGUGGUCUCGCCGCAUACACAUUUGCAAUCCGACGGCCAAGUUUUUCGACAUCGGCGAGCUUGAGGGCUACUACAUCGACUUCUUCGAUUAUUUCGAAAGCUGGAGAGGUGCCAGUGCUGCGCUGCAAAAGGGUCCCGGAAGAAUCGCGCACGGUGUCGUAUGGACAGUGCCGAAAGAAGACAUCCAUAAUCUAGACCGACAAGAGAGUGACUACGAAGGCGUUGACGUCACCGUAAAGCUGUCAUCCGGAGAAGACGCAGUCUGCCGGACGUACGUCUACGGACGCACAAAGGCCGGGAAGAGAGACUUACCUUCGCUCUUCUACAAGGCGGUCAUCGUUGCCGGGGCAGUCGAGCACCAGUUGCCCGAGGCGUACGUGCAGGAGCUGGUCAAGCAGCCGGACAACGGCAACGUCCAGGGCGUCAGCGUUCCCCUGGACGUCGAAGAGCUGAGAUCCUCCGUGAAAGGAUACUUGAGCUUGUGAACUGUACUAGCUCGCCCGGGUCGCCGAAGUGAAAACACCACCUCGCCAUCAAUAAACACAUCAUUCCAUAAA